UGUUGGAAACCACUAAAUUUGCUAAAACCACGAGAAAUUAGUAAGCUUAAAUAUAGGCUGCUCAACAAUAUUCUACAACUUUUGAUCCGACCUUCUGACUAUUCAUCAAAAACGUGUCAUUUUGUUGACAAAAUAAAAAGCAAAGAAAAAAAAAAUCAAAUACAAGCACAAAUAUUACCCAACAUUUUGUUCUCUGACAAAAUUAUAACAAAAUCAUGUCUAUGAGAUCCAUUUCUGGAAAGAGGGUGAUGUCGUCGUUGAGAAUUGAAUUGGAAACAUUGAUGGAGGAUGAAGAAGAAUACAGCUGGAGAGAAGUGAAGCUUCCAUCUUUGAUCCCAGUUGUUCCAGAACCAGAACUCGAGAGAGAAACCGGUGAGAGAAGAAGAGGCCGAGAUAUCAUCGUAGCCGUCGAUCAUGGUCCCAAUAGCAAACACGCCUUUGAUUGGGCCCUAAUCCAUCUUUGCAGGCUCGCCGAUACACUUCAUCUCGUUCACGCCGUUUCCAGUGUGAAUAACGACGUCGUUUAUGAGGCCACUCAGCGGCUAAUGGAGAGUCUUUCUGUUGAGGCUUUUGAAAUCGCUAUGGUUAGGUCUGUGGCUCGGAUUGUGGAAGGAGAGCCUGGAAAAGUCAUUUGCAAGGAAGCAAUAAAGCUUAAGCCUGCAGCUGUGGUCAUGGGUACCAGAGGCAGAGGCCUCAUUCAGAGUGUUCUUCAGGGAAGCGUAAGUGAGUUUUGCUUCCACAAUUGCAAAUCAGCUCCAGUCAUAAUUGUUCCAGGCAAAGAUGCAGGAGAUGAGUCUUUGGUCUAAAAAACAUGUCUAGUCAGUCUAAUAUAGCUAGGGAGUUUUUUUUUUUUUUUUUUUUUUUGUUUUUAAGAUUGUAUUUAUUAUGGGUUGUAAAGAAGAUUGAUAUUUGUUUUGGCAUUCCAACAUGGGUGUCCAUCAUUAUGUUUUAGUUUUCAAAUUAAAAUGUAUGAUUGGUUUCGUUAAUUUGUAAUGAUAUUUGGUGGAGUUAAUUAGUAAUUCUUUUUCACAAGUA